ACGAUAUGACAAUGUUGUCAAUAUUUUUUUGCAUUGGAGGCCUUUUACUGCUGGCUCUCCCACGGUUUGGCUUAACGCAACGCCUAGCAAAUCGGCAGCGGUGCCUACGCACUCUGAGAAGCCAAGUUCCCGAUUGGGAUAUUGAAGCGUGCGAUUUUGCUGGUAAGCAACGUGAAUCCACUGACCACAAGGGGAAGGUUACAGAAUAUGCGAAGGAAUACAUGUUACUGAACGAGCUGAGAGAGAAGGACGCCGAGGAAAUGAAGCAGAUAUCUGCCGAUAACGACAAGUAUAGCGGAAGGUAUGAAACGCUUGUUGUUACUGAGCUUCCUAAAUUUCCGGAGAAAAUGAAGAUGUUGCAGGGGGCAAGAGUCAGAUUCGAUAUUGAGCACAACGCUCAGGUACAUUUCAUUGAGGACGAAACCAGAGAGGUUUUGGCAGAAAACGAUUGCCUCCGCCUCCAAGUGGAUUAUGAAGCGUUUUGUACGAGUAAGAAACCCUCUAUGGCUGGGCAAUCCAUGGCUGGGCGAUCACCGAAAGGAAAAUCUAAAGCGAUGGUCCAGCCGUAGAUGGCCCAGAUCUACGGCUGGGCCAUCUCCGACUGGUAUAUCCAUUUCACUUCUAAGGUCGUCUAGCUUAAGCCCUGGGCCUCCAUGUUGUACGAUAUGACAAUGU